UUUCCAGACUUCACAAAACCACCACUAGCACCAAAACCAAAGAUUAUCAGUCAUCUUUCUUCCGUGGCUGUCUCCAAAUUUCCGCCUUCAUUGUCAAGGCCUGAUAUUCUUCAUAAUCCAAACUCUAUGUCUAGGGGUCCAAAACCACCCAUUGCUCCCAAGCCAAAACUCUCAGCUGACACUGAGGGGAGGUCCAGUGUUUAUACCAACAAUAACUUAAAUAAAUUCACAAAUGGAAAACUGAUAUGUCCCGAUGGAGAGCUGUAUGAAGGAAAUCAAUGCAACAUUGAGUGCUCGGAAUCUGAGGCUGGUGAUGAAUAUAUCGUAGUUCCUGAAGCUCAGCUGACUGAUGACUUUGAACAUGCGCAUGACGAGUGUUUAGAGUCAUCUGCAGAGAAUGAGGUCUUAGAAACUCCAGAAGCAUCAGGGGAGGAAGAGGAUCAUAGCAUAGCUAAUGACGAGGAGAUUUGUAAUCCAGAAAUAACUGAAGCCGAGGACAAUGACUCUUCAGAUGCUGUGGAACCUGUGGAACCAGACUCAGAUGGAGCAACGGAAAUGAGAGGCUGUGACAGGUCUGAAGCACUUAGUCAAGUGUCUUCAGGAGCCCUUGAAGUAGAAGAUGUUGCUUCUAAGAAUAUGGAUGAAGAAGUGGACUGUGUAGAUGACCCCCAAAACUACUUCAAAGGUGAGGCUGAGGAAACAUUUAAUAACCUCGAUCUGGUAAAGGACAAUAAUGAGUAUAACCUGGAAAACUGUAAGAUUUUGAAUGGAGAUGAGGACUUGAAGGGCAAUAUCUGUGAAGACAUUAUUCUAACACAUUUACCUGUAGAUGAUGAGCUAAUACCAGAAGAGAAUGAUGAACUGCCCCAAACUUUAGAAGAUGAGCUAUCAAACAAUGACACAGAAGUGAGUCCAGCAAACAAUGGUGACCUGGAUGAUAAUGCAGAGUUUGUACUGAGUACAGAAACGGAAUUAGUAAAUUAUGGUUGUGCAAAUCCUGAUAUAAUUCCUGAUGAUGUUGAUGAAGAAGAAACAGACAUUGGGUUAGGACUGAAAGAAAAUGAACCUGACGCAGAAGAGGAUUUGGGAGGUUCUAUCAAUGAAGCUGCAGCUGAAGAAGAGGAAGUAAGUCCAGAUAACGACAAAGAAACAAAUGUGGAAAGGGAAGACUAUAUAGAUGAUGGGUACCAAACCAUUGAGAUGAAGAGUGAGGAGGAAACAUCAAAGACAACAUGUGAGGCUAGAGAAGACUCUGAAAAAGAGGAAGAAGUGGUGAAGGCAGAGAAUAUAGAUGAUAGUUGUCAAAUUGUUCCGUUUGAGAGCGAUUGCAAUGAAGAUGUCAUUGACUCACCCCAAGAAAACUUAGAUGAUAAUUUGCAACCGGAAAGGACUUUUUUGAGUAAUGAUAGCCAGCUCUCUAGUCCUCAAACUGUUAGUGAGCCAGAGCUGGAAGUGGAAUCUAAACCAAAUGUGUUUGUUGAAGAUUGUGGUGACAAUGAAUGUGUCUUGGAAGAAUCUGAAUCAGAUGAGCAAGUUCUUGAAGGCAACAAGGUCAGUCAUAGUAGCUUUGAAGAAAGCUCCCCAAAUCCACCUGAACAAGCAUCAGUUGAGGAUAAAUACCAUACAGCAGAAGAAUUAGCUAGAUGUGAUCAAAGCAAAUAUAAAGCAGACUGUGCUAGUGAACAUGAGUCUAGUGAGUAUUUAGCAGUCCCUGAAGUGGUUGUUGUACCUGAGGAAGGAGAAACAACCAGUGAUUCUCUAGAUGAUCCUUAUGUGAUGCCCUCAAAGAAUGCAACCCCUCAUGUUAGAGAAGUGGUGCAGACCGAAUUAGAAGAUAUUCCAUGUGAUUACAGCAUAAGAGAAGAACUAAUUGUAGACACUGAAAACAACCUGCUAUCCAUUGAUCGAAAAAGUAUGGUCACUAGAACAAGGUCACUCUCUGGGAAAGUGCCUGGCUAUGUGCCAGAAACUGUUCCAGAAGAAACUGGACCAGAAACGGAUGUACAGUCCUCAAAUGAUGACUCUCUGACUGAAUAUUUAACCAAUAACUUACCGCUAUUGGAAGGAAAACCAAUAGAAGUCAAUAGGGCCUUACCAGCCACGUCAAGACGCUUUAUUUUAUACCCACGGUCUUACUCGGUAGAAGGGAGAGAUAUGCCAGUCUCUGUUUACAGAGAAACUGAUGGCUCUACAUUGGAUGACAAUAGAAUAAAGAGGACAGAAGACAACCUCUUUUUGCCCUGUGUAAUUGGUUCUUCAGGUAGCUUUUCACAGAGGAAUCACCUUUCAUCAAGUGGUGUGUCCACCCCAUCCUCAGUUGUUGACAUACCACCUCCUUUUGAACUAGCCUGUAUCACCAAAAAGCCAAUCACUAAAAGUUCCCCCUCACUUUUAAUAGAGAAUGAAUCUCCUGAUAAGUACACUAAGAAAAAGAAAUCAUCUUUUAAGAGGUUUCUCACCCUAAAAUUUAAGAAGAAGACAGAAAAUAAGGUCCAUGUGGAUGUUAAUGUUUCCUCUUCAAGGUCCUCUUCAGAGUCUAGCUAUCACGGGACUUCUAGGAUUAUGGAACUGGACAGAAGGAGCUUGAGUAGUUCACCUCAGCUAAAGUCCCAUACUGGGAAGCUGCGAGCUUCUGAGUCUCCCUCUACUGUUCUUUUCUACAAGGAUGGUAAAAGAAAGGGGAUACCCAAAACCUUUAGCAGGAGUGUGUCGAGAGUGGAGUCCUUUGAGGAUCGAUCCAGACCUCCUUUCAUGCCACUCCCCUUAACUAAACCUAGGUCUAUUUCGUUCCCUAAUGCUGAUACUUCUGACUAUGAAAACAUUCCAGCUGUGAGCUCCGAUUAUGAAAAUAUACAAAUUCCUCCUCGAAGACCAACCAGAGCAGGAACUUUUACAGAAUUUUUUGAAGAUCCCAGUAGGGCAUUAUCUGCUGCUAAUGAGAAUGACGGCUAUGUGGAUAUGAGCAGCUUCACAGCCUUUGAGAACAAGCAGCAAACCACAGACCAGGAAACAGAAAGUGCCUAUACCGAGCCUUACAAGGUGUGCCCUGUCUCUGUGGUACCCGUGGAGGACGUCACAUCAGACGAGGAACAGAAGAGUUCAGAAGAUGAGGAGAGUAGCCAGGGGGAUCCCAGCCUCGUCCAUAAAAAAGAAGGACAGUCCAGAGCUUACCUCAUCGCCCAGGAGCUGGUGUCUUCGGAGAAAGUAUAUGUGGAGAUGCUCCGGCUGUUACAUGUGGAUUUCCAUGAAGCGGUCUUGAAAGUGCUGGGGGAUGAGGAUGAAAAUGAGAGGGAGGAGGUGAAGCUCAAGCAGGGCUUGAGUGAGAUCCCUGAAAUCUACAGACUACACCAGGAGAUACUGGGAGAACUGGAGGAAAGAGUCCUCAAUUGGGAGGAACACCAGAAAGUGGCCGAUGUUUUUCUCUCAAGAGAAUCAAGGUUCAAUCACCACACAGCAUAUAUUAUGCAGUUUGAUAGGAAUUUGGCUUUGCUAGAUGAAACCUGCCUUAAAUCUUCCCAGCUGGCCACUGUCAUCCGGGAGUUUGAGCAGGAUCCUGGCGGCAGCCCCCUGAAUGUGAAACACCAGUUUUUGAAAGUGGUGCAGCGCAUAUUCCAGUACCGCGUGCUACUCACAGAUUACUUGAAUAACCUUUGUCCUGAUUCUGCAGAGUAUGAAGACACACAAGCUGCCUUACUCAUGGUCUCUGAAAUUACGGACCGAGCCAACGACAGCAUGCAGCAAGGGGAAAACUUGCAGAAGCUGGUACACAUUGAGCACAGUGUCAGGGGGCAAAGCAACCUCCUCCAGCCAGGAAGGGAGUUUCUGAAAGAGGGAACACUGAUGAAAGUGUCUGGGAAAAACAGGCAUCCUCGGCAUUUGUUCUUGAUGAAUGAUAUUCUGCUGUACACGUAUCCCCAGAAGGAUGGCAAAUACCGACUGAAGAACACCUUGGCUGUGUCCGGCAUGAGGGUCAGCCGCCCAGUGACAGAAAAAGCCCAAAACGUCCUGAAGAUUGAAUACGCUGAACACUGCCUGACCCUGUCAGCAAGUUCAUGCUCUGAAAGGGACGAGUGGUAUAGCUGCAUCAGCAGAACCAUUCCAGAUGACUACAAAGCGCACAAUGCAUCUAUCUUUCACAACAGUAUUGAGCUAAGGGAAAGGCUGGGAAUAUCCUUGGGUGAGAGGCCUCCAACCUUGGUACCUGUGUCCCACGUCAUGAUGUGCAUGAACUGCGGCUCUGAUUUUACCCUCACUCUGAGACGCCAUCAUUGCCAUGCAUGUGGGAAGAUUGUAUGUCGAAAUUGUUCAAGAAAUAAGCAUCCCCUGACGUACCUCAAAGACCGACUAGCAAAAGUCUGUGACGGCUGCUACUCAGAACUGAGAAAAAGAGAGCGGCCAGUAAGUGUGAGCUUCCCUCCAACUUCAUCCAGGUUUUCAGGCAGUGCCUUCUCUUCCGUCUUCCACAAUAUUCACUACUCAUCCUUCAAGAAACAAAAGAAGAUCCCUUCUGCUCUUAUGGAGGUAGGACCAACGCUGCCUGAGAAAAGGUGGCAGCUUCAGGAGAGGGCUCUUCUAUCAGUGGCUAUCUCAGCAGGUGUAAGAGAGGCAAAAGGCACUGGAAGAAGCUCUGGUUUGUUAUCAAAGGCAAAGUCCUCUACACCUACACGGCAAGUGAGGAUAAAGUCGCCACAGAGAGUCUGCCUUUGCUGGGUUUCACAGUUGCCCCAGAAAAGGAGGAAGGAAGUACGGAUGCAGUUUUCCAUCUUUACCACAAGCAAACCUUGUUUUAUAGCUUCCGCACGGAGGAUAACAAUUCAGCACAGAGGUGGAUUGAAGCCAUGGAAGAAGCAACCAUAUUAUAGCAGUAAUCAAUCAAGAGGACUUGGAAUAAACUCUCUGAUUUCUCUACAUUCCCAUCAGCCCGUUUCUGUUUCAAGAAGCUGA